AUGCAUUAUCAUAUGAUCAGACUAAAACAGUUUAACCAGUCAUUCUACAUAUUAGAGAUGAAGGUGUGGCUGCACACACAGACAGAAGAGCAGAGGGGGGGACGUUCACAGUAAAAGCUGAUUAAAAAGUUAAAGGUACAAGAAAAGCAAGUUUCUAUUGUUCGUUGGCUGUCUAGCGACACAGAGCCAAAGCAUGAGUCUACGCUCAGCCAAAAACUAUCGCACACGUUAUGCUAUGCAGCGGCAAAAUGAGAAGGGUGAAGAACCAGAACCAGAGGUUCCAGAUGAACCAGGAUCACUGCAGCGGUCUUCACAAUCAAUCGACGGCAGGCCACAGUCGUCUACACGCUCUCAGGGGUUUUCAACAAGUUCUGCAGUGGCAAGAGCCUACGCUAAAGCACAGGCAGCUCGAGCUCAACUGGCAUAUGCAGAAAAAGAAGCCAACGUGAUGAAACAGAAGGCAGAGCUAGAUGCUAAUCUCCACGUUCUCCAGUGUGAAAAGGCGGUAGCCGCAGCUGAAGCAGAAGCCACAGCCCUCGAAGAAGCAGCGAUUCAAAGCGGGGAGUUUAGGAAAGAAACCUGUGACAAAGGUAAAAAGUGUGAAUUUAGCAGCAGCAUGAAUCAGUGUGAGAACAGAGAAGAGCGAGCCCCUCCCUCUAAAACCAGACUGUGUGGGGACCAUGAGAACCAGAACAAAUCUCAGAGGUACCAUCAGAGACAUGAAUCUGCUGGAUCUGAACCCAGCUGUGUGUGCUUGAAGAAGGAUAAGUCAAGGGAUAUUCUAGCUGAUUUUAACGACCAACCUGUAUCACAAGUGAACCAGCAGUCUGUCCAGCAGCACCAAACACACCUGGAUUCCAUAUUUAUGCGACUGGAGAAAAACAUUGUUGCGUUUGUGAAGAAUGAAAUAAGGAAGAUCCAGAAGGUUUUGAGUCCAGAUUGCCUAGAAUGCUUUGAGAGUCUGAAAGUGGAUCAGGAGGUUUUGGAUGGUGAGGAUGAAGAGCAGAGAAACAGCAGAGAUGCAUUUCUGACGAUCACACUGAACAUCCUGAGGAGGAUGAAGCAGGAGGAGCUGGCUGACUGUCUGCAGAGCAGAUCUUCUGCUACAGUUUGCCAGCAUCAACUUAAAUCUAUCCUGAAGCAGAAGUUCCAGUGUGUGUUUGAAGGCAUCGCUAAAGCCCGAAACCCAACCUUUCUGAACCAGAUGUACACAGAGCUCUACAUCACAGAGGGCGGGACUGGAGAGGUCCACGAUCAACAUGAGGUCAGGCAGAUUGAAAGAGCCCCCAGGAAACCAGACAGAGCAGAGACAAGCAUCAGACAGGAAGACAUCUUUAAAGGCUCAGCUGGAAGAGAUGGAGCCAUCAGAACAGUGAUGACAAAGGGAGUGGCUGGCAUUGGAAAAACAGUCCUAACACAGAAGUUCACUCUGGACUGGGCUGAAGACAAAGCCAACCAGGACAUACACUUCACAUUUCCAUUCACCUUCAGAGAGCUGAAUUUACUGAAAGAGGAAAAGUUCAGCUUGGUGGGACUUGUUCAUCACUUCUUCAGUAAAACCAAAGCAGCAGGAAUCUGCAGAUUUGAACAGUUCCAGGUUGUUUUUAUCUUGGACGGUCUGGAUGAGUGUCGACUUCCUCUGGACUUCAGCAAGACUAAAACCCUGACUGACGUCACAGAGUCCACCUCAGUGGAUGUGCUGCUGACAAACCUGAUCAGGGGGAACCUGCUUCCCUCUGCUCACAUCUGGAUCACCACACGACCUGCAGCAGCCAAUCAGAUCCCUCCUGAGUGUGUUGACCUAGUGACAGAGGUCAGAGGGUUCACUGACCCACAGAAGGAUGAGUACUUCAGGAAGAGGUUCAGAGAUGAGCAGCAGGCCACAACCAUCAUCUCCCACAUCAAGACGUCACAAAGCCUCCACAUCAUGUGCCACAUCCCAGUCUUCUGCUGGAUCACUGCUACGGUUCUGGAGGAUGUGUUGAAAACCAGAGAGGGAGGAGAGCUGCCCAAGACCCUGACUGACAUGUACAUCCACUUCCUGGUGGUUCAGACCAAAGUGAAGACCAUCAAGUAUGAUGGAGGAGCUGAGACAGAUCCACACUGGAGUCCAGAGAACAGGAAGAUGAUUGAGUCUCUGGGAAAACUGGCUUUUGAGCAGCUGCAGAAAGGAAACCUGAUCUUCUAUGAGUCAGACCUGACAGAGUGUGGCAUCGAUAUCAGAGCAGCCUCAGUUUACUCAGGAGUGUUCACCCAGAUCUUUAAAGAGGAGAGAGGACUGUGCCAACGCAAGGUGUUCUGCUUCAUCCAUCUGAGUGUUCAGGAGUUUCUGGCUGCACUUCAUGUCCAUCUGACCUUGCUCAACUCUGGAGUCAAUCUUCUGUCAAAGCAGCAAACAAUGUCCCAGACGUCUGAAACAAAAACAGACAAAUCAGCAGAGACACAGUUCUACCAUGAUGCUGUGGACAAGGCCUUACAGAGUCCAAACGGACACCUGGACCUGUUCCUUUGUUUCCUUCUGGGUCUUUCACUGCAGACUAAUCACACUUUCCUACAAGGUCUGAUGACAAAGAAACAAAGUAGUUUACAAACCAGUAAAGAAACAGUUCAGUACAUCAAGAAGAAGAUCUCAGAGUCUCCGUCUGCAGAGAAAAGCAUCAACCUGUUCCGCUGUCUGAAUGAACUGAAUGAUUGUUCUCUGGUGAAGCAGAUCCAACAGUAUCUGGGAUCAGGAAGUGUCUCCACUAAUAAACUGUCUCCUGCUCAGUGGUCAGCUCUGCUCUUCAUGUUGGUGUCAUCAGGAGAAAGACUUGACGCUUUUGACCCAGUUAAAUACUCUUCAGUCUUUUCAGAGAAGGAUCUUCUGUUUGUACUGGGAGUCGUCAAAGUCUCCAAUAAAGUUGUACUGAGUGGCUGUAACCUGUCACAGAGAAGCUGUGAAGCUCUGUCCUCAGUUCUCAGCUCUCAGUCCUCUAGUUUGAAAGAACUGGACCUGAGUAACAACAGCCUUCAGGAUUCAGGGGUGAAGCUCCUGUCUGCUGGACUGAAGAGUCCUCACUGUCGACUGGAGACUCUCAGACUAAGUGUAUGUAACCUGUCAGAGAGAAGCUGUGAAGCUCUGUCCUCAGUUCUCAGCCCUCAGUCCUCUAGUCUGAAAGAACUGGACCUGAGUAACAACAACCUUCAGGAUUCAGGGGUGAAGCUCCUGUCUGCUGGACUGAAGAGUCCUCACUGUCAACUGGAGAUUCUUGGGCUGUCAGGCUGUCUGGUCUCAGAGGAAGGUUGUGCCUCUCUGGCCUCAGCUCUGAGCUCCAACCCCUCCCAUCUGAGAGAGCUGGACCUGAGCUACAAUCAUCCAGGAGACUCAGGAGUGGAGCUGCUGUCUGCUGGAGUCAAGGAUCCACACUGGAGACUGGACACUCUCAGGGUGGAGCCUGGUGGAGUCCGAUGGUUGACACCAGGUCUGAGCAAGUAUUUCUGUCAACUCACAAUCGACACAAACUCGGUGAACGGGAAACUACAACUGUCUGACAACAACAGGAAGGUGACAUAUUUAGAGGAGGAUCAGUCAUAUCCUGAUCAUCCAGAAAGAUUUGACCAGUGGCCUCAGCUGCUGUGUAGUAAUGGUCUGACUGGUCGUUGUUACUGGGAGGUUGAGUGGAGAGGAAGAGUUGAAAUAUCAGUGAGUUAUAAAGGAAUCAGAAGGAAAGGAAAACAUAAAGACUGUGGUUUUGGAUACAAUGAUCAGUCCUGGAGUCUGUUUUGCUCUGAUGAUGGCUACUAUGCCUGGUACAAAAGCAAACAAACAUCCAUCUCCUCCUCUGUGUCUGACCGAGUAUCAGUGUAUGUGGACUGUCCUGCUGGUGCUGUCCUUUUACAGUGUCUCCUCUGACAAACUGAUCCACCUUCACACCUUUAACACCACAUUCACUGAACCUAUUUUUCCUGGGUUUGGGUUUAGGUCCUCUUGGUCUGGUUCCUCAAUGUCUCUGUGACGUGUUGUAGGGAGAGUUUGAGCCUAUCAUAAAAAGGUUGUCACAGUUGAACAUACAGUAGUUCAAUGUGUUCAUGUCUGUCUCGUUUUCAGAUCCAUGUUGUCACUGCUCUGUAUCUCUAGUCAUUAUUGCCAUUUCCUGUUUUAUUUUGUACUACUCUCUGGUUUGGUUCUGUCAUGUUAGUUUCUGCUUUACGUUUCUAAUCACGUGACCCCUCAGCUGUUUCUGUUUAGUGAUCAAUCAUGCAUUCUGUAUAUACCCCAGUACUCACCCACAGCCUUUGCCAGAUUGUUAGUCCACGUACCUGUGUCUACUCCAGUGUUAAUUCAAGUAAGUCCUUAAUGUACCAGUCCUGGAUCUUGUUUUUGACCGUGCCUUGCCCGAUCCCUGUCUGUAUCGUUUUGGACUGUGCCUUGUUGAAUGGACUUUGCCUGGAGACUGACUGCCAUUGCCCGAUCCCUGUCUGUACCGUUGCCUGCACCUGAGUUACUCUGUACCGACCUCUAACUGCCUUGACCUACCGUCUUCAUUAAAACAAGUCCAUGUCCCGCCCAUGA